AUGUACUUCAGUGCUAAGCUGUGGUGUGCUGCUACGACCACAUCUCCUCUCCACGGCAUUUGCGCUGUCAGAGGAUGCAAUCAGGCUGAAGUAAAUGAUCAAGUUGAUGAUCCUCCUCAGUAUACAACCUUUGGGGGUGCGGCUCUUGAAAAGCCGGUCUCAACGCGCAGCCAACUGGAGAGUCGCAUCGUGAAACUCUGGAAGAAAGUCUGGUUGGGCCUUUAUCAGAUUGAUGACAACGAGGAUCGAUAUCAUGUCGAGCGGCUCGAGGCCCUUUCGCUUGGAGCCGGCCUGGCUCGCACCUAUCGAGUAGGUGAACUUCAAGUUCUCCGGCGUCAUUUUCUUCGAAGCGAGACCAACAAUGGUGUUGCUUCACUGAAGCUUUUCCAGGGGCUGUCUCUUUCGACCCUCUUAUCUGUGAUUCAUAUUUUGGAAGCUUAUGAAAAUGAAAUCGAAAACAUGAGGUUGCUCUAUUCCAUCUUGCGAAGUGGUCAGCUUGCACUGCACCAGACUGCAGACCUGGCUCAAACUGCUGUUGUCAGAACUGAGUAUAUGGCAAUUGCGGAGCCGAUGGAGAAGCGCAUCAGACAAUACGAUAUCCGAAUGAAUGUUGUGAAUGCGGAAAUCUGUGACGAGGCAAUGGGUUUCUAUCAGCGACAAAAGGGGGAAUAUGUUUACCACAAGGCAUUUCCAAAUGCGUGGUAG